UUUCAUUUAGUUUUGUUUGCCUUUCACAUUAGAGGAAAUUCUUGCCACACCUCAAACCAAAAUUAAGGGGAAAAGAAAGAAGUAAGCCACAUAAAUCUGACCAAGAACACAAGCAUCUUAAUUUCAGUCCACAAAGUUUCAUGUCAUGAAAAGAAAUACAUAAUUUUAAUUCAACCCAAGUGUUUUCCAAGAAGAUUGUAUUUGCUUAAAUUGCUACAGUAAUUCAAGAGACAGCCCUGUCUGGACACAGAGUUACUGUGGAUUUUUAAGAGACUCAGUUAAAGAAUUUAGGAAUUUCUGAUUCAUUUAAAGGAUUUACAAAUUCAUCAACCCCUGAAAACUAAAGCAAAUUGAACAGGAAAAAAAAAAGAAGAAGAAGAAGAAGAUGGGUUUUUUAAGUCCAAUAUUUGUUAUUUUCUUCUUUCUUGGAGUCAAAGUACAUUGCCAAUAUGAAACUUAUCAGUGGGAUGAAGACUAUGACCAAGAGCCAGAUGAUGAUUAUCAAACAGGAUUCCCAUUUCAUCAAAAUGUAGACUACGGAGUUCCUUUUCAUCAGUAUACUUUAGGCUGUGUCAGUGAAUGCUUCUGUCCAACUAACUUUCCAUCAUCAAUGUACUGUGAUAAUCGCAAACUCAAGGCUAUCCCAAAUAUUCCGAUGCACAUUCAGCAACUCUACCUUCAGUUCAAUGAAAUUGAGGCCGUGACUGCAAAUUCAUUCAUCAAUGCAACUUAUCUUAAAGAAAUUAACCUCAGCUACAACAAAAUUAAAUCUCAAAAGAUUGAUUAUGGUGUGUUUGCUAAGCUUCCAAAUCUACUACAACUUCAUCUAGAGCAUAACAAUUUAGAAGAAUUUCCAUUUCCUCUUCCUAAAUCUCUGGAAAGACUCCUUCUUGGUUACAAUGAAAUCUCCAAACUGCAGACAAAUGCCAUGGAUGGGCUAGUAAACUUGACCAUGCUUGAUCUCUGUUAUAAUCAUCUUCAUGAUUCUCUGCUAAAAGACAAAAUCUUUGCCAAAAUGGAAAAACUAAUGCAGCUCAACCUCUGCAAUAACAGAUUAGAAUCCAUGCCUCCUGGUUUGCCUUCUUCACUUAUGUAUCUGUCUUUAGAAAAUAAUUCCAUUUCUUCGAUACCCGAAAAAUACUUCGACAAACUUCCAAAACUUCAUGCUUUAAGACUGUCACACAACAAACUACAAGACAUCCCAUAUAAUAUUUUUAAUCUUCCCAACCUUGUAGAACUCAGUGUUGGACACAACAAAUUGAAGCAAGCAUUCUAUAUUCCAAGAAAUUUGGAACACCUAUACCUACAAAAUAAUGAAAUAGAAAAGAUGAAUCUUACAGUGAUGUGUCCUUCUAUUGACCCAUUGCAUCACCACCAUUUAACAUACAUUCGUGUGGACCAAAAUAAACUAAAGGAACCAAUAAGCUCAUACAUCUUCUUCUGCUUCCCUCAUAUACAUACUAUUUAUUAUGGUGAACAAAGAAGCACUAAUGGUCAAACAAUACAACUAAAGACACAAGUUUUCAGGAGAUUUCAAGACGAUGAUGAUGAAAGUGAAGAUCACGAUGAUCCUGACAACGCUCAUGAGAGCCCAGAACAAGAAGGAGCAGAAGGGCACUUUGACCCUCAUUAUUAUGCAAAUCAAGAAUAGCAAGAAAUCAUAUAGGUAUACACUUAUGACUUCACAGAAUCUAUACUUAAUAUAGUAAAUCUAAGUAAACAUGUAUUACUCAAAGUAAUAUAUUUAGAAUUAUGUAUAAGAUCAGAAUUGAAUUUAAGUUGGUGACAUCUGCAUCAUUUCAUAGGACAGAACUUACUCAAAAUAAUGUAAAUCUUUAAAAAUAUAAAUUAGAAUGACAAGUGAGAAUCAUAAAUGUUAAUGGUUUCUUACACUUCUUUAAAAUACAGAAAUAUCAUGUUAAAAAAAGCGAGUGUAUCAUUUCUAUUAACAGUAAUUUUUCUAAAAAUGAGGAAGGAAGUAGCAUUAGCAGUAAAGACCCAGAGGUCAUGACCUUUUUGAUCACUCUGAGGACAAUAUUUGAAUGACAGGAGGGCAUAUUAAUGUAACAAGCAUUCAUUUAAGGAAUAGACCAUUUUCUUUGACCUCUUCCCCGGAAAAGCUUUCACACUGGUGUUUGGGAUCUCAUCAUUACGACAUCCAUCCCGCUAUCUCACCACACAGUGCAUAGAAUAAUAUUUUUGAUUUGUAAGAGGCCAUCCAGUUACUAAGGACCCAAGGCAUACAGAUUCACAAAAUUAACUAAUCUUUUUGCCUCAAAGUACCAAAACAACAAAAUUAUAAAGCUGUAUUUGGACAACUAAAAGACACCAAACUAUCUCACCACAAUUGGUAUUUUAGGAAAUUUCAGCAACUAUCCAAAACAAUGUUACUGUGUUCCAUUUUAACUGGGAUAAAUGUUUUUGUAAUAAAUACAACCAUAGAAAGGCUUCUCUGUUACAAAAUGAUUUGCAAAGAAAUAACUGCUUCGUUCACAAGAUUAAAUGUUGGCAAAAUAAAGUUCUAAUGAUAAUA